AUGGUGCAAUGCACCAAAAAGAUCCAAACCAUUACAUUUGACAACAGAGGUGCAGCAAGGUUGCUGAAUGGGAUUGAGUUAGAAAAUAAAAGAUGUGACCGCCAAUCGGACAAAAUUUUAGUUAAGGGUAUAAAAUUAAUUGAGAAUGUUCAAUUGGGACAAGAUGCAAAGGAAGAAGCUGUGAUGUUUCACGUUCUUUUUUUCAUCAUAAGUGAUAAUAGUCCGUCAGAUUCUGUUCUCACACCUGACAAGGUAUUUAUUGGUGUUGAUGAGGGUAAUUCUAAGACAUGGAUUGUUGAUCCUGGUCAAUUCAAUAGGUUUCAUAUCCUAAAGAAAAUGAGAUUCAAGCUUGUUGGUGGGAAGGACAAAGAAUACAUUCGAUACGGAAUAGAGAUUGUGGAUUGGUUCUUCCCAGUGGAUCUCAAAAUACCUUUCUUAUUUUCCUUUUUGUUUUCCAUCUUAAUAAUCUCCAACGCAGGAGACACUGUGACCAAAACCCAAUCCAUUACAGGCCACAAUACCAUUGUUUCAUCUGGUGGAAGCUUUGAGAUGGGUUUUUUCAACCCUGGCAAUUCCCAGAAUACAUACUUGGGAAUAUGGUACAAGAAAAUUUCUGUUAGGACCGUUGUAUGGGUUGCCAACAGAGAAAUUCCACUUGUCAAUUCGUCAGGCAUCUUAACAGUAAUCGACCCUGGAAUUCUUGCCCUUGUCAAUGGUACCGGCAGUGUCAUUUGGUCUCCCAAUGUGACAGGAUCCACACAGGACCCUGUUGCACAACUUAUGGAGUCAGGAAAUCUUGUUGUGAAAGAUGUAAAUGAUAAUAUUUUGUGGCAAAGCUUUGAUUAUCCGUGUGAUACUCUUUUACCAGGCAUGAAGCUUGGCAAGAACUUUGUAACUGGCCUUGAGCAUCACCUCUCUUCCUGGAAGAGCAGCGAUGAUCCAGCUCAAGGUGAGUUUACAUACCGGUGUGAUCCUCAAGGAUACCCACAACAAAUUCUGAACAGUGGUUCUGCUGAGCUGUUCCGAGCUGGGCCAUGGAAUGGCAUCGGAUUCAGUGGGAGACCAAGCCUUAAAUCUAAUUCAAUCUACACAUUUGAAUUGGUUUACACCAAGGAGGAGGUGUAUUAUGAUUAUAAACUCCUCAGCUCAGAUGUUUCAAGGCUUACUGUGAAUCAUACUGGCGUUGUGCAGCGCUGGACGUGGAUUGACCGAACCCAGCAAUGGGUCAUUUUCCUGACUUCACCAACAGAUAACUGUGAUACCUAUAAACUGUGUGGUCCGAAUGGUAACUGCAACGUUGGAAACAGUCCAGUAUGUGAUUGUUUGAGUAAAUUUGUGCCCCAGAACCAAAAGGAAUGGGGACAUGGAGAUUGGUCUAAUGGGUGUGUUCGGAGGACACCGUUGGAUUGCCAUAAUGGAGAUGGAUUUCUCAAGUAUUCGGGCUAUAAAAUGCCGGACACACGGAACUCCUGGUUUGACAGGAACAUGACACUUGGGGAAUGCAAGAUGGUAUGCUUGAAAAACUGCUCUUGUAUGGCUUACGCAAAUUUAGACAUAAGUAGUGGUGGAAGUGGCUGCUUGCUUUGGUUUAAAGAGUUGAUUGACAUGAGAGAGUUAAAUGCAAAUGGGCAAGACAUUUACAUAAGGAUGGCUUCCUCUGAGUUAGAUUCAACAGUCCAACAAGUCAGCUUGAAUGGCAAGAAAAGAAAGAUAGUAGCAGUGACCUUGGCAUUUUUAAUUGGACUUUUUCUGCUGGGUAUGAGCCUAAUCGUGUAUCUCCGAAAAAGGAAAAGGAAUAAUUCACAUAUAAGAAGAGAAGGCAUGAAGCUUGGCAAGAACUUUGUAACUGGCCUUGAGCAUCACCUCUCUUCCUGGAAGAGCAGCGAUGAUCCAGCUCAAGGUGAGUUUACAUACCGGUGUGAUCCUCAAGGAUACCCACAACAAAUUCUGAACAGUGGUUCUGCUGAGCUGUUCCGAGCUGGGCCAUGGAAUGGCAUCGGAUUCAGUGGGAGACCAAGCCUUAAAUCUAAUUCAAUCUACACAUUUGAAUUGGUUUACACCAAGGAGGAGGUGUAUUAUGAUUAUAAACUCCUCAGCUCAGAUGUUUCAAGGCUUACUGUGAAUCAUACUGGCAUUGCGCAGCGCUGGACGUGGAUUGACCGAACCCAGCAAUGGGUCAUUUUCCUGACUUCACCAACAGAUAACUGUGAUACCUAUAAACUGUGUGGUCCGAAUGGUAACUGCAACGUUGGAAACAGUCCAGUAUGUGAUUGUUUGAGUAAAUUUGUGCCCCAGAACCAAAAGGAAUGGGGACAUGGAGAUUGGUCUAAUGGGUGUGUUCGGAGGACACCGUUGGAUUGCCAUAAUGGAGAUGGAUUUCUCAAGUAUUCGGGCUAUAAAAUGCCGGACACACGGAACUCCUGGUUUGACAGGAACAUGACACUUGGGGAAUGCAAGAUGGUAUGCUUGAAAAACUGCUCUUGUAUGGCUUACGCAAAUUUAGACAUAAGUAGUGGUGGAAGUGGCUGCUUGCUUUGGUUUAAAGAGUUGAUUGACAUGAGAGAGUUAAAUGCAAAUGGGCAAGACAUUUACAUAAGGAUGGCUUCCUCUGAGUUAGCUUUUCUCAUUCCUUUUGCCAUAAUAAUUUCAAAAUAUAGAAGAUUCAACAGUCCAACAAGUCAGCUUGAAUGGCAAGAAAAGAAAGAUAGUAGCAGUGACCUUGGCAUUUUUAAUUGGACUUUUCUGCUGGGUAUGAGCCUAAUCGUGUAUCUCCGAAAAAGGAAAAGGAAUAAUUCACAGCUAAGAAGAGAAGGAAAUCUGAUGCACAACUCUGAACAAGGUCACACUGACAAAAUCCAAAUGGAAGAUCUAGAGUUACCAUUGUUCGACUUAGCUGUAAUAGUUAAUUCCACAAAUAACUUUUCAAUCAACAAUAAGCUCGGAGAGGGUGGUUUCGGACCAGUUUACAAGGGUAUGCUGGAAGGUGGACUAGAAAUAGCUGUUAAGUUGCUUUCGAAGAAUUCCCAACAAGGAGUCGAUGAGUUCAAGAAUGAAGUUAUUUGCAUUGCCAAGCUUCAGCAUCGAAAUCUUGUAAAGCUUCUAGGAUACUGCGUUCAAGGAGAAGAAAGGUUGUUAAUAUAUGAAUACAUGGCCAACAAUAGCUUGGACUCCUUUAUUUUCGAUCAAUCAAAGAAGAUGCUACUGGAUUGGCCUAAGCGCUUCCACAUAAUCAAUGGAAUUGCUCGGGGGCUUCUUUAUCUUCAUCAAGAUUCCAGAUUUAGAAUUAUCCACAGAGACCUGAAAGCUAGCAACAUUUUACUAGAUCAUGAGAUGAACCCCAAAAUAUCAGACUUUGGCUUGGCUAGAAUUUUUGGAGGAAAUGAGACCGUAGCAAAUACUAAAAGAGUAGUUGGAACAUUGGGGUACAUGUCUCCAGAAUAUGCAAUUGAGGGACGCUUCUCAGUAAAGUCUGAUAUAUUUAGCUUUGGUGUUAUGGUAUUGGAAGUGGUGAGUGGGAAGCGAAACUGGGGAUUUUGUGACCCAAACCACCACCUCAACCUUCUUGGGCAUGCCUGGAAAUUAUACAAGGCAGGCAAAACUACAAAAUUGAUUGAUGCAUCAAUGCAAAACUCAUGCAAUCUACCUGAAGUGUUGCGUUCGAUUCAUGUCGGUUUGUUGUGUGUGCAACACCGGCCAGAGGAUAGGCCUAACAUGGCGAGUGUGGUUUUGAUGUUGGGCAGAGAGGGUGCACUGACUCACCCCAGACAACCUGGUUUUUUCCCUGAAAGAAAUAUUCUUGAAGCAGAGUCAGAAAGAAGAGAGAUUGAAAAAUGUUCAGCCAACAUGGUCACUAUAACUCUGUUAGAGGCCAGAUAGAAGACAAUUCAUGCUCAUGUUUAAUUGUUAUAUGGUCCAAGACCUUUGAGUUUGUUUAGAUCAUGUACAUAAUAUAGAUUUUUUAAAUUAUUAGCUUACAAUUUUUAAAUAUAUUGUAAAUUUGUUUUGUGAAACUGUUAAUAAUUUGUGAACAAAGUUGAACAUAUUUUGUUAAA